AUGGCCUCCAGUUCUAAUAUUGGUGCUUCAAAUUCUAGCGAUGAUGAAUCAUGGGAACAAAGCGUUGCCGAACAUAAUCGCCAACUUGAUCGCAUCAUUGAGAAUGUGGUAAUCCAGGCUGCAAGUCUAUCUGUACAACCUACCAAUCAUGCCGUUAGAGCAAGGAGGCGGUAUAUUGAAAGAAGACGUGAGAUAGGUCAUGAAGGUGUGUUCGAGCAGUACUUUUCAGAAGAUCCAAUCUAUCCCCCAGAAUAUUUUCGAACAAGGUUUCGCAUGCGAAAGCCUUUGUUCGAACGUAUAAUGAACAAGCUCGUCGCCACCGAUAGAUAUUUUCAACAACACCCUGAUGCAGCUGGCCGUCUUGGUAUGUCUCCAAUUCAAAAAUGUACUGCAGCCAUGAGGGUGUUGGCAUAUGGCACUUCAGCCGAUUUGCAUGACGAAUACUUACGAAUGAGCGCCCAAGUCAUUCGUAAAUCAGUCAUCAAAUUUGUUGAAGGUGUCAUUUCCAAUUUCGGAGCUGAGUACCUCCGAAAGCCUACUGAAGAAGAUAUGGCAGCUCUUCUUCAUAUCGGAGAACGGCGAGGGUUCCCAGGCAUGAUGGGCAGUAUUGAUUGUAUGCAUUGGGAAUGGAAAAAUUGCCCUACUGCAUGGGCAGGGCAAUAUGCAGGACGAAGCGGUACGCGAACAAUUAUUUUGGAAGCAGUUGCAUCACAAGACCUAUGGAUCUGGCAUGCAUUUUUUGGAACCCCAGGUUCAAGAAAUGAUAUCAAUGUACUUGAUCGAUCUCCUAUUUUUGAUGAUAUCUUGGAAGGUCGAGCACCUAAGGUCAAUUAUAUCGUUAAUGGCUGCGAAAGAAAUAUGGGAUAUUAUCUCAUUGAUGGUAUAUAUCCUCAAUGGGCGGCAUUUAUCAAAUCUAUUCCUGCUCCACAACUUCGAAAGCACCAGUUGUUUCCCAACAUCAAGAAGCUGCCCGAAAAGAUGUUGAGCGAGCAUUUGGAGUUUUACAAGCGUGUUUUGCUUUUAUCAAGCGGCCAUGUCUUAUUUGGGAUCGUGAUAUUAUGGGAAAAAUAA